AUGGACGGUCGUCCCCCCAAGCGCCAACGCAGGUCCGUCAAUUCGAGUACUUCAGAACAAUCUGCCUCCAUCGGAGUUAAGCAAACAAAUCUUCCAUCCUGUCCCAAACCCAGAGCGCGUCCGAGUCAAGCUCCCGCUCCACGAGUCUCCUCCUCUCCAUCGCCCAAAAAGCCCAGAUCUUCACCGAAUACGAAAUCCAAAUCAUUACAUAGCUUUUUUCAGCCAGCGACCGAAGGACAACGAUGGUCGUCGCAAAAAUUUGAGCCUAAACGAUCACUACCCACAGGUUCGGAGGCAACCCUUGAUGCAGAUGUGAUCGAGGACGAUUAUGAUUCCUACGAUGAGAUAUUUACACAGCAUCUGGCCAGUGCGAAGACUGACAGUGUUGUUGAAACGAAAGUGAAGGAUGAACUCAAAGCGCGACGACCGGCUUCGAAACAGAGCUCGCGGCCCAGGAAACCAACAUCCAAACGCUUUCUCAUGCCCACCGGGAACAGCACCCGUUCACCCUCUCCGGCACAAUCGGUGGAAGAAGAUAAACGUCCUUGGGCACAACGGUUCGCUCCUUCGAAUCUAGAUGAAAUCGCUGUUCAUAAAAGAAAGGUCUCUGAUGUACAAAACUGGCUGGAAGAUGCCUUUUCUGGGAGACGUAGGGAACGAUUGCUUGUUCUCCGAGGCCCUGCAGGUUCUGGAAAGACUACAACCAUUAACCUUCUCUCUGAGUCUGCCGGUUUCGAUGUUGUCGAAUGGAGGAAUCCAGCUGUCUCUGAGUUUAAUGCUCAGGACUUCGUCUCGGUCAGUGCUCAAUUUGAAGAGUUUCUUGGGCGAGGUGAUCGCUUCGGAGGACUCGACUUGGAAGAUUUCUCUGAAUCUAAGAGCACCCGCAAUACCCAUCCUGGUAAUCGACGCAUUCUUCUCGUGGAAGAGUUUCCAACUAUGCUUAGCCGGUCAUCGUCGAGUUUAACAGCCUUCCGAACUUCUUUACAACGCUAUCUGGCGUCAGCGGCGGAGAAUGCGGGCGGCUUGCAUCCGCCCAUUGUAAUGGUUGUCUCAGAGACUGCAUCGGUUGCUGGGCCCGCCCUAUACAACCAUCCAAAUACGACCAUUCUUGACUUCAAUGUCAUUGCACCAACCUUCAUGCAGAAAGCCCUGCGGUCGAUCCUCGACAAAGAGGCCAAGGCUUCUCAACGAAGUCGUAUUCCAGGCCCAGCAGUCCUGAAUAAGAUCUCUGAAAUAGGAGACAUCCGCAGCGCCAUCUCAUCACUAGAAUUUUUAUGUCUGAAAGGUGAUCAAGCAGGGACAUGGAGUGGCAGUGUUGCUAAAACCAAAAAAGCGCGUGGUGACACAGCUUUGACGCCAAUGGAAGAAGAGUCGUUAAAGUUGAUUUCACAGCGCGAGGCUAGUCUGGGAAUGUUCCAUGCCGUGGGUAAGAUUGUCUACAACAAACGCCCUGACCCGAGUUUGAUGUCCAGCGACGCUACAAUCCCUCCAUCGCCACCUGAUCAUCUUUACAUCCAUCGUCGGCCCAACGUUUCGCAAGUCGCCGUCAAUGACCUGAUGGACGAGACUGGUACCGACAUCUCCACUUUCAUCUGCGCUCUUCAUGAAAACUACCCUCCAUCGUGUGAUGGAGAUACAUUUACCAAUGAUUUGAAUGAAUGCAUUGAAGCAUUAUCCGACAGUGAUAUUCUCAGCGCCGAUCACAGGCCUCAAGGCAGGCGAUCAGGGACUGGAAUCGGCGCCAAUCUUUUGAACGCCGGUGUUGAUAUGCUACGACAAGAUGAGAUUAGCUUUCAGGUAGCGUCGCGCGGGCUUCUUUUUGCCCUUCCAUACCCUGUCAACCGGAAACUCACACAAGGUGAUGGGCGAAGCCGCUGUAAUGCCCACAAGAUGCUAUAUCCUUCAUCGUUACGCCUCUGGAGAAAGACAGAGGAGAUUGAAGGGCUCUUAGAUGCAUGGAUGAAGCACAUGCUCGACCCCAGCAAUGCCAGUCUUUCCCCACGCAUAGGAAGCGAUCCUGAAUCCACAGGUGUCAAGUCUUGGAAAAAUCUUCGUGUCGGACACGCGUCAAGUACAGACACUCCCUCAACGAUUACCAUGAUGUCGCGCCAUGAUGCACUACUCCAUCAGCUACCAUACAUGACCCAGAUUCGACCUGACAGCGGGCAAUUGAGUGAGAUCACUAGGAUCCGAGGUAGUCGUCUUGAUGAUGAUGCUGAUGAUGCUGAAGAGGAUGAUCUGGCACCGCUGCAUCCUCCGCAGCACCAGCACGCUACCAAACCGGGCAGCAAUGCAUUUGGACCACGUCUGCAAGUUGAAGAAGAAAAGUACAUUCUCAGUGAUGAUGACAUUGUAGACGAUUGA